CACUCUCACUGAAGCAGACCUUUGGGUUUAUAAGGAGAUACACUACUCUUGAGAGAUUAUUGUUGUCGUGCUUAAAAUGCCGUGAAGAGGUUUUUCUGCUUAACGUGACUUCUAAUGAACAGCGCCUGGCUUCUUCGGUUUCCGAUAACUGUAAGAAGCACUCUAUUGCUCUUCAGGACUAUUUGAUUGGCAGUAAGUGGCACAUGUCCUUCUACUGAUAGUUCUGUACUGGACAGAACGUCAAGAUCCACGCUUGGAACAGUAUUAGCAGGCAUGGUGACGAAAAUUCUUCUUCCGGUGCUCCUAAUUGCGUUGGUGGGACUAAACGAAGCAGAUGGGACCUCACAGGGAAAUGUUCCCGACAUGAUCGUCAUAUUAAUUGAUGGUUUCAGGUGGGACUAUACUGAAAUUCAUAAAGGGCUCGGUCUGCAGGGUUUUGAUCACCUGACUUCUACAGGAGUUCGAGCAAAGUACCUGAAUCCAGUUUUUCCCCCAAAUUCCUUUCCUAACUGGCAUACAAUUGUCACAGGCCUAUAUCCAGAGAGCCAUGGCAUUGUCAGUAACUUCAUGUACGACUCAGCAAAAGAGAGCAAGUUUGACCUAUAUGAUUUAGACACAACUAAAGAUCCCGAGUGGUGGAGUGAUGCAGAACCACUCUGGAUAACCACCACGAAAGAUGACAUCAAUACGGCCCUGUUUUAUUGGUCGAGAUGUGACGUAGCGUGGGAUGGAAUUCUGCCCAAGUACUGUGUGCCUUACGACUUCAAUGCAGCGAAUUCUCAUUAUUUUGUGAAGCAGCUUCAUCAAGCCCUAGACAUGAUUCAAGGAGAGAAUUACCAGUUAAUCAUGCUUUACACAGGCGGUGUUGACCGCCAGGGACAUUACUACGGACCAGAUUCGGCAGAGGUCGCGGCCUCGGUGAGGGAAGUGGAUGCAGUGUUGCAAGGGCUCUGGGAGGCUCUCGAAACCAGGGAGAUGUACAAUAAUACUAAUGUAGUCAUCCUGAGCGACCACGGGAUGACCGACACUCUUCCCAAAGACUUAGAGUUUGUUGACAUCGCCCCGUGUAUUGAUCGGGGGCAACUCCUCUCUACCACCGAGUACGGAAGUUACGUGAACAUCUUGCCAGCUCCGGGCUACGAGCAACAGGUAGCCGAAGACCUAAGAAAGUGUCCUGACAUUAAAGACAAAGUGGAGGUAUACCUCAAGGACGAGCUGGAUGAGCGGUACCACUACAGGUCUCACAGAUUAAUCCACGAGAUCAUGGCCAUUGCAAAACCAGGAGUUUAUAUUCGCUCCCUUGACGAAGGCAUUCUCAGUGCCCGAACACGCACCAAUCUACGUUGCAGAUCACGGCUACGACAACACAUUUUCAACCAGGACCCCUAA